AUGCCUGAUUCAUUUAGUACAGUAAUUACAGCAAUAGAAACAUUAAGUCCUGAAACGUUGGAAAUGGAAUUUAUUAAAAACCGGCUAUUAGAAGAAGAUAGAAAAAAAAAUCACCAUAUUAAUCAAGACGCAUCAGAAGAAAAUAUAGCUAUGAAAACCUCAUUCAAAUGGAAAUGCCAUUAUUGCGGCAAGAAGGGCCAUAAGAAAAAGAAUUGUUUUAAAUGGAAGCGUGAUCAAUCAAAUAAGAAUGUUAAUACAGCUGAAACAGGAAAUAACGCUAUUAGUUCUGUUGCAGAAAAGGUUUGUUUAGGUUCAUCCGUAAGUACUGUUAUGAAGUGGGUCCUAGAUUCUGGGGCUAGUGAUCAUAUGGCUAAAUAUGAACAUUUCUUUGAAAAUCUGCAAGAGCUUGAUGAUCCAGUUUUUAUAAAUGUUGCAAAGAAUAAGCAACCGUAUGGUCUUGCAUUAGAUUCACAAAAUGAGGUGUUAACUGAGAUGAACCAAAUAAUGUCGAUACCAAUUAUACCUGGAAGGAAAUGUUUGGAGCCUUUCCAGAAAGGUAUAUUAAUGACCAACAAUGCUCUUAUAAUGCUCCAUGAAUACGUGAAAAAAUAUGACAUGAAGUAUAUCGUCACAAGUCGCCUCAACCAGGAUGUUCUUGAACAUUUCUUUGGAGCGAUAAGAAGCAAAGGUGGUUUAAAUGAUCAUUCAUCGCCCAGAGAUUUUAAAUUUAGACUUCGAAAGUACAUUCUGGCGAAAAAUACAGAACACCUCAAUGGAAAAGGGAAUGUGGAAGUCGAUACCACCGAAUGGCUUAACUGUUCCAAUGACCUUAUUGUUCCACCCUCACAAAACUGCGGAGCAUUAGGAACUCAAGACCCCACUCACCUAGAAGAAUCAUCUCCUGAUUUUGGUUAA